AUGGACACUGAUUUAGUUGCCAGGAAUGAAGUUUUGAAGGCUCAGGAAAUUUUGGAAGAAAAGGCAAGAAGAGAAUGGCCCGCAAAAUGGGGAUUCUAUUUAAAUUUUGAUAAGUUCUGUUUGGAAGAAGCUACGAAACGGGGUUACUCUGAAGAAGAUUACAGAAGAAUGACAGUGAAGAAGAAAUCUAAACAUAAUAUAGAAAGAGAUAUUUGGCCUCCUGCACCACCUAAACCGGUUCCUAUAUUAUCUUCAGGGUUUGCGGGCUGGCGCAGCGGACCAAACUACUCCCUGGAGAAAUUCGGAUCCCUAUACAUCAGCCCGAGGCACACGCUGCCUUACGAGCCGCCCUACAGGUGCAUUAUACUCGGUUAG